AUGCGCCCUGGGAAGCCACCCGUCUGGCAACACGGCCGCAUGGAAACCGUUGCCAGGAAGUGACGUCACCAGACUCGUGGGAGUGGACGCCGUCAGUGAGCUCGUGCCGUGUUUUUGAAUCGUGACCGCGGUGCUCGGGCGGCCAUGUUUAACCCCAGCGACCUGGAGGGGGCCGUCGACCACUCCUUCUUCGACAGCGACGACGACAGAGACAAAGCCGCCAGACCGGCCGCCGGAAGCCAGGAAAAUAAUGCGGCGCAAGAGUUGCCCGCUCCACCGCCCAGCGGCGCGUUUAUGGAGUUCCUGGGCAGCGAGGCGGCGGACGACAGUGACAGCGGCACCGACUACACCCAAGAGCCGCGGCGAUAUCCGACGUCGUCGGAAGAAUUCACCGAGCAGUCCUCUAGGAAAGGCAGCCGAGGAAAACGCUCGAAAAGUCUCUCUUCCUCCUUUAGCCACUACAGUUCGGCGGGGGGCUCCAGAGGCCAAGGGCCUUCAGACAUGAUCCCCAGCAAGUCGUCAGACUUGGGGCUAUCCCUGGCGGAUGACUCCGACUACACGCCGGAGGACGAGACGAGUCCCGGCUGCUCCCCUUUCUGCCAGCCGCGCUCAGAUGAGCCUGACGACGGACAGAGGUCUAGGGGGAGUGUGCCCCCUAGCGGCCACGGCAGCAUCCUUCACGCAGAUGGGCUCCAUGCGGAUAAUUACUCUCAGACCGAGUUUGAUCCUGACAGUUUUAUUCAGGAGAACUUGGUUCUUCACUGGCGAGGACGGCCAUGCAGGAAGAACUACACCUUCAACAACAACGAGGUUCGACGCAUCGAUCACGAGAAUCAGCGACUGCUGAGGGUGCUGUCACGGAUUUCUUUAGCGCCGGGAUCCUCUGGCCAGUACGGCCGAAAGGGGAGUAGCCCGCACAUCCCUCAUAGUGCUGUCAAUAGGCUGCGGGAGCAGAAACGCAUCGAUAAGGACAACCAAUCGCUCCUGAAAAGGCUGGAGUACGUCAAGUCCACACCACAGCUCAAGCGUUCCAACCAGUUGGCCGACUACCAGCGUCAAGCCAGAUAUCAGGCUACGCCAUGUCCUGUGUGUGACAACCCCUCCAUCCUGGCUGCAACCAGCGCGGCUGGCCUCAGCUCCCUUCGGACCAGUACAACCCAGAUGGGAACACGAGCAACCUCCGUCAGUUCCAAUGCAGCCAGGUCCAAAAUGCUCCUCUCGGCACGCCCGCCUUUUUGUUGUUAGUCCGCCUAUUAUGUACAAGAUGUGUCUUUACUUUGAACUAAUAAACGUUUUUAUUUUGCCCA